ACCAAUGUUUUCAUCAAUACAAGCUUCUAACUCUCCACAUCUAUUUUGCUAUCAGAAAAGUAAUCAAUUGUAAGAUGGAAGGCAAAACUUUGAUUGUAAGUGUGCUCGUUAUGAGUCUGUUCAUGGCACAUAUUCAAGUUGACGCAAAGAGCUGCUGUCCGUCUACCACUGCUAGAAAUGUCUAUAAUACAUGUCGCUUAACGGGACAGUCCCAGCCAUUUUGUGCAUCUCUCAGUGGCUGCAAACUCGUUAGCGGGUCGGUAUGUCCUCCCGGAUAUAAGCACGACAUUCUCGAAAAUACAGGUGGUGCUGUCAAUGAAUACUGCAAAGUUGGGUGUGUAUUUUCUGUGUGCAGCGGUUUAACCACUCUCCAAAACUCCGAUGCAAAUGAAAUCGUGAAUGGAGCGGUUGAAAAAUGUGCGAACGCAUGUUCUACAAUCUGCACAAAAGGCUUGAUGAAUGCAGUUGAAACUGCCUAGACUACAAAAUCCAUGAAGAUACCAUGUGUAACCAGAGGUUAAGGGGUGGUCAUUUUCAAAGUGUUGCUUUUAAUGCUUUCAAUAAUUGUCGUGUAUGUGACAAAAAUGUUAAAACUCUUGUAUCGUUUGUUUCUAUGCGUAGAAGGUUAUCGAUCUCUAGAUUGUAUAUAUCUUCUACUCUCUAUCUUUUAAACAGUGAAUAAUGUGUUUGUAUCCAUCUUCUGCUCUUAACAAUGAAAACUACUACACUAUGAAACUUAAUUGA